AUGGCUUCUGAGCGUGAAAACAAAACAUUCCUCGCCAGGUUGUGCGAGCAGGCUGAACGUUAUGAUGAAAUGGUUGAGUACAUGAAGGAAGUUGCCAAGCUUGGUGGCGAACUCACCAUGGACGAACGUAAUCUCCUGUCUGUCGCUUACAAGAACGUCGUCGGCACUCGAAGAGCCUCAUGGCGUAUUAUCUCCUCCAUCGAACAGAAGGAGGAACACAAGAAGUCCGAAAAGCACGUUGGCAAGAUUCGCGAGUAUCGUUCCAAGAUCGAAAAGGAGUUGGAAGACGUCUGCAAGGAUGUUCUACAAGUCCUCGACGAUUACCUCAUCAAGAAGGCCGAGACCGGCGAGUCUAAGGUCUUCUACCAUAAGAUGAAGGGUGAUUAUCACCGAUAUCUCGCUGAGUUCGCUAGCGGUGACAAGCGCAAGGAUGCCGCCAGCGCCGCUCACGAUGCCUACAAGUCGGCAACUGAUGUCGCUCAAACCGACCUUACCCCAACUCACCCAAUCCGUCUUGGUUUGGCCCUCAACUUCUCCGUCUUCUACUACGAGAUCCUGAACUCGCCCGAUCGUGCUUGCCACCUUGCCAAGCAGGCCUUCGAUGAUGCUAUCGCAGAGCUUGAUUCCCUUAGCGAGGAGAGCUAUCGGGACUCUACCCUGAUUAUGCAGCUCCUGCGCGAUAACCUCACCCUCUGGACUUCGUCAGACAGCGGUGAGGCUGAGGCUGAUGCGGCCGCACCAAAGGAUGCCACUGACGCUGCUCCUAAAACCGAGACAGCCGAGGCCGCCCCCCCCGCUGAGGAAUCAAAGUAA